CCUGCCUCCGCUUAGGGGAUCAACCUUGUGCUUGCCGCGGCGCUUGCACGACAAGCGUUGGUGUUUUGUCCCGUGUGGGAAUGUUUGUGAACUUUAGCAGGGAUGCGUGGUUCUGUACCAAACGAUGCUAGCUAGGUUCUGCCUAAGUGCCUGCUAUACAUGUUCAAUGUCAGGAGCGUGUAUUGCGGCAUAUGAAGGAGAUGAUGAUUAGUCGCACGGAGCAAAAUAGGCCAUUGAAUUCUCAGAAUGUGGCUGAUGCACUACAGAAGUUUAGUCUUAAGAAGACUGCAGUGCAAAAAGGACUGGAUGCAUUGGCUGACAGCGGUCAAAUAUCCUUCAAGGAGUAUGGCAAGCAGAAAAUCUACCUUGCUCGGCAAGACCAGUUUGACAUUCCAAAUGGGGAGGAACUUGAGGAGAUGAAGAAAGCAAAUAGCAAACUACAGGAAGAACUCGCAGAGCAAAAGAAAAUUACUAGUGAGGUCGAAUCUGAGAUAAAAGGUCUACAGUCAAACUUGACACUGGAUGAGAUUAGGUCAAAGGAGGCCAGAUUACAAAGUGAGGUCCAGGAAAUGGAAGAAAAAUUAAAGAAAUUGCAGAGUGGUGUGAUCUUGGUGAAACCUGAAGACAAGAAGAUAAUUGAAGAGACCUUCUCUGAGAAAACUAACCAGUGGAGAAAGCGAAAGAGGAUGUUCAAGGAGCUAUGGGAUAAUAUCACCGAGAAUAGCCCCAAAGACCAGAAGGAAUUUAAGGAAGAACUUGGUCUUGAGUAUGAUGAAGAUGUGGAUGUGAACUUCCAACCAUACAGUGAAAUGCUGGCGAGUCUCAACAAAAGGAGAAAAGUUUCUCGCUGAGGAUGUAGGGGCAUGGGAGUAUCUCAGAUCAGAUGUAGUAUAUUACAUCAGUUUUAUCAGCCAAACAGCUCUAUGGUUUUACUAGUUUCUUAGGCAGGCCGUGUGUUGUAGUUUGUCCAGACAGAUGAUGUUCGUCCGCUGAUGAUAAUAUAUCUGCUCCGAGGACUCUAGCUGGUAGGUUCAGUAGUAGUUUAUCUGAGGUUUGCAGCAUGUUUUGAACCAGUCAUGUAAUAUAACUUUAUCACCAUCUUAAAUUAUAUCGAGGCGUCUUAUCACUGA